UUCCUCCAUUUUGUUGCCCGCUAUGGCGGCGGUGUCGAGUUUGGGCCCGGGAUGCGGCGCUUUUGACUGAGGGGGUAGGCCAGGCGGAGGCAUUGGGGACAUCCGCGCGGCGCAGAAGAGGACCAGCCUGGACGCCGGGGACGCUGUCAUGUACGGCGCGAGCGGAGGCCGUGCCAAAACGGAGAGGAAAAGCGGCGCGAAGGAGGAGGCCGGACCCGGAGGUGCCGGCGGUGGGGGGAACCGAGUGGAGCUGCUGGUCUUCGGCUAUGCCUGCAAGCUGUUCCGGGAUGAUGAGCGGGCCCUGGCCCAGGAACAGGGACAGCACCUCAUCCCCUGGAUGGGGGACCACAAGAUCCUCAUCGACAGAUACGAUGGGCGCGGUCACCUGCAUGACCUUUCUGAGUACGAUGCUGAGUACUCCACGUGGAACCGUGACUACCAGCUCUCUGAAGAGGAGGCACGAAUAGAUGCCGUGUGUGAUGAGGAGAGGUAUUUAGCCUUGCAUACGGACUUGCUUGAGGCGGAGGCGAGGCAAGAGGAAGAAUACAAGCGGUUGAGUGAGGCACUGGCCGAGGACGGGAGCUACAACGCAGUGGGGUUCACUUACGGCAGCGAUUACUACGACCCAUCGGAACCCACAGAGGAGGAGGAGCCUUCCAAACAGAGAGAAAAAAACGAGGCUGAAAACAUAGAGGAAAACGAGGAGCCUUUCGUCGCCCCCGUGGGGUUGAAUGUGCCGCCUGACGUGGAGCUGCCACCAACAGCCAAAAUGCAUGCUAUCAUCGAGCGCACGGCCAAUUUCGUGUGCAAACAGGGAGCACAAUUUGAGAUAAUGCUGAAAGCCAAGCAGGCCCGGAACUCUCAGUUUGACUUUCUACGCUUCGAUCACUACCUCAACCCCUACUACAAAUUCAUCCAGAAAGCCAUGAAAGAGGGGCGCUACACAGUGCUGGCAGAAAACAGAAACGAGGAGAAAAAGAAGUCGGGGGUCAGCUCUGACAACGACGAUGACGAUGACGAGGAAGACGGGAGUUACUUGCACCCGUCCCUCUUUGCUUCCAAGAAGUGUAACCGCCUGGAGGAACUGAUGAAGCCCUUGAAGGUGGUGGACCCGGAUCACCCCCUUGCCGCGCUGGUCCGUAAAGCCCAGGCCGACGGUCCCGCCCCCGCGCCCCCCACGGCAGACGGCGCCACGCAGCCCUCCCAGGUGGAGUACACCGCUGACUCGACAGUGGCCGCCAUGUAUUACAGCUACUACGUGCUGCCGGAUGGCACCUACUGCCUGGCUCCUCCCCCGCCCGGGGUCGACGUGGCCACCUACUACGGCGCCCUGCCCGCCGGCGUGGCCGUGCCCAGCUCCGCCGGAGUGACGGCCGCGGCCCCGCCGCCCCCCGGGACCACGCCCCCGCCCCCCCCAAGCACAGCAGAGUCGAGCAGCGGGGUGACCUCCACCAUCACCACAAGUGCACUUGCUCCCGUGGCGGCCAUCAUCCCCCCGCCCCCCGACAUUCAGCCUGUGAUCGACAAGCUGGCGGAGUACGUGGCUCGGAACGGCCUUAAGUUCGAGACCAGCGUUCGUGCUAAGAAUGACCAAAGGUUUGAGUUCCUGCAGCCCUGGCACCAGUAUAACGCCUAUUACGAGUUCAAGAAGCAGUUCUUCCUCCAGAAGGAAGGGGGCGACAGUGCACAGGCUGUGUCAGCACCAGAAGAGGCCCCGGCAGAAUCUGCCCCUGAAAAGCCAAGUGACGCCGGGGAGGACGGUGUGUGCGAAGAGUCGGCCGACGCAGGAGGAAGAGGAGGCCCCGGGGGGAAGAAGGAGGCGUCGUCCAGUAAGACGGUCACAGACGGGAAGCUGGUGAAAGCUUCAUUUGCUCCAAUAAGCUUUGCGAUCAAGGCCAAAGAAAAUGACCUCCUUCCCCUGGAAAAAAACCGUGUUAAGCUAGAUGAUGACAGUGAUGACGAUGAAGAAGGCAAAGAAGGCCAAGAGAGUUGUAGCGGCACCGCAAACACGACCCCGGCAGUCGCCCCGCCCUGUGCGGUUGUUGAGGAGAAGCGGCCCCAGCUAACCCAGGAGGAGCUAGAGGCGAAGCAAGCAAAGCAAAAGCUGGAGGACCGACUGGCGGCCGCUGCCAGGGAGAAGCUGGCCCAGGCGUCCAAGGAAUCGAAGGAGAAGCAGCUUCAAGCAGAACGUAAAAGGAAAGCAGCUUUGUUUUUACAAACCUUAAAAAAUCCCCUGCCAGAAACAGAAGUCGGAAAAGUCGAGGAGAAUCCUUUCGGCGUAGAGGAAACCAGUACUGGGCCCUGUUCUCUACUGACUGGAGGCAGACCUCUGCCAACUUCAGACAUCAAACCCCCCGAAGGGGCCUCCAGCAAAAGUAAAGACCCCCCGAGAGAAGAAGAGAAAGAGAAGAAAAAGAAAAAGCACAAAAAGCGGUCUCGAACAAGAUCACGCUCCCCCAAGUACCACUCAUCAUCCAAAUCCAGGCCUCGGUCCCACUCAAAAGCCAAGCACUGUCUCCCCAGUGCCUACCGGACGGCGCGGCGCUCCAGGUCCCGGUCCCGGUCCCCUCGGAGAAGAGCGCACUCUCCUGAGAGACGGAGGGAAGAGAGGAGCGUCCCCACCGCCUACCGGAUGAGUAACAGUCCGGGCGUCAGCCGGAAGCGGACCCGGUCCAGGAGCCCCCACGAGAAGAAGAAGAAGAGGCACUCACGGUCACGGACCGAGUCCAAGGCCGGGUCCCAGUCGGCGUCCCCGAGCAAGCAGUCCGCACGCCGGCACACGGCCCACUCGGCCAGCAUCUCUCCCGUGGAGAGUCGGGGCUCCAGCCUGGAGCGCUCCAGGGGCGUUUCUCAGGAAAAAGACGGCCAGAUCUCCUCAGCGAUUGUUUCCUCCGUGCAGAGCAAAAUAACUCAGGACCUCAUGGCCAAAGUGAGGGCGAUGCUGGCGGCUUCGAAGAACAUGCGGACCAGCGCCUCCUGAGGCCCGGGCUGCGGAGAGCCAGCGAGCGCACAGACCCGUCCGCCCGCCGUCCGUGCUCCCCCGGGACGCCCCGGGCCGUCGGCGGUUUUUGUACAUUAAUUUUUGAUGACAUUUUCAGUUUAAGAUUUUUGACCAGCAGUCUCUUACCUGUAUAUUUGUAAAUAAUAUCAUGUUUCUGUGAAAAUGUAUUAUCAAAUAAAAUGGGAGGAAAACACCUUUUCUAGCUA